ACGGAAACCCGGCCGAGCCCCGCUGAGCCCUCCCGGCCGGCCAUGGGCGACCGGGAGCGCAACAAGAAGCGGCUGCUGGAGUUGCUGCAGGCGGCGGGCACCGGCAACGCGCGCUGCGCGGACUGCGGGGCUGCGGAUCCCGACUGGGCCUCUUACAAACUGGGCAUCUUCAUCUGUCUGAACUGCUCUGGCGUCCACCGCAACUUCCCAGACAUCAGCAAAGUCAAAUCCGUGAGGCUUGACUUUUGGGACGACAAUAUUGUGGAGUUUAUGACCCACAAUGGGAACCUCCGUGUGAAGGCCAAGUACGAAGCCCGAGUCCCUGCUUUCUACUAUAUCCCCCAGGCCAACGACUGCCUAGUCUUAAAGGAACAAUGGAUUCGUGCUAAGUAUGAGAGACAAGAAUUUAUGGCUGAUGGGAAAAUCACCCCACCCCCAGGUAACCGAGAUGGGAUCUUGUGGAAGCGGGGAAGGGACAACGCGCAGUUCCUGCAGAGGAGGUUUGUCCUUCUCGUAAGAGAAGGCCUCCUGAAGUACUACACUAAAGAGGAGGGUAAAGGCCCCAAAGCGGUCAUCAACAUCAAGGACUUGAAUGCCACCUUCCAGACAGAGAAGAUUGGCCACCCACAUGGUCUGCAGAUCACCUACAGGAGAGAGAGUCAUAUCAGAAACCUGUUUGUGUUUCAUGAAAGUGGAAAGGAGAUAGUGGACUGGUUCAAUGCCCUCCGUGCAGCCCGCCUGCAGUCCCUAAAAGCUGCCUUUCCUGAGCUCCCAGAGUCAGAGCUCGUGCCUCUCAUCACCAGGAACUACCUCAAACAAGGCUUCAUGGAAAAGACUGGCCCAAAGCAGAGAGAACCCUUCAAGAAAAGGUGGUUUGCCCUGGACCCCCAGGAGCGGAGGCUGCUCUAUUACAAGCACCCACUGGAUGCCUUUGAGCAAGGCCAGGUUUUUCUUGGGAGCAAGGAACAGGGAUACGAGGUGUCUGAAGACCUGCCCAAGGGCAUCCGUGGGAAUCGCUGGAAAUCUGGCAUCACCAUUGUCACACCUCAGCGGAGAUUCCUCCUCACCUGCCCCAGCGAGAAGGAACAGCGAGAGUGGCUGGAGAGCUUCCAAGAUGUUCUCUCACGCCCCUUGACACCCCUCAACCACCUCACUGUAUCAACAGAGUGUGACAACAGCAGCAGGUGACCCAUUGGCCACUGGCCACCCGGAGCUCAUGUUGGGAAUGAGAAGUUCUCCUUUUGACCCCAGCUGCCCAGCAGGAGUGCCCGCAGUCAGCAGCUUGGCUGGCAGUGAACUCUGCCAGGACUAAAGCCUGGCCUUUAGCAGCCAGCAUCCUGGGCCUCUCCAUGGUCCAUCUCUGGAGUUCUGGAGAAGUGAUCUCAAGGCCCAGGACCUCUGAAGUGAAGGUAUUGCAAUGAAAGACACGCACAGCAUCACACAAGUGACAUACGUGCUCAAAAAGUUUAAUCUGAAUCUAACCAUGAGGAAAUAGUCAUUAAAAACCCACAUUGGAAACCCCAUUCAACAACUGGCAUGGACUCUUCAAAAAUGUCAAUAUCAGGAAAGAUAAAGUAGUCUGGAAACUGGUAUAGAUUAAAGGGACUUGGUAACCAAAUGCAACUCAUGACU